GCCAAUAGUUCUUUUCACGUGGCUCCGGUUUAACUAACCGGGUUACAAAACUGUUAGAGAAAUGACAUACCGUUUUCUAAGCCGGUUACUUAAACCGGAGCCACGUGAAAAGGGUUAUUGAAUGAAGUCCCAUCGUGGGUGGUUUCAGACGGAAGUGGAAGGAAGCUCCGAGAGUCAAAUGUCAGUACAAAAAAAACGCGGCUUCACGGAUCCUUUGUCAGAUGUCAGAUGUCAUGAACAGAGAAACGUCAACGUCAGAAGAAUGUGUUCCCUCAUCGCUCAAUGAUUCGAUUCAAAUGCAAGCAGUUUGCUUUUUUGCAAUUUGCAGGUUAACAGUGUACUCUGUAUUGUUAUUGUCCUCUACUAUGAUCUUAAGAUCUUAUGAUCAGUGGAUAGUUAAUGGUGAAAUGUAGCGUCAGAAAAUGUAAAAACCACACUAACCAAACCAAAAGUUGGUCUGAGGGUUUUAAUGGAUUCUUGAAGUAGGCCUAAAGUCAAUAUGGGGCCACGCUGCCGGCUUUGUUUAGCAGAAAUUGUUGAAGACCGAGCUGCAAAUAUCUUCACAUACACCUUAAAACAUUCUGAAGACUCAUUUGUACAUGUGCUGUCUCAGGUAUUUACAGUUGAAAUCAAUGCAGCUGACCAAUGUGGAAAAGAUGUUUGUGAUAAAUGUGUAGAUAUUAUUGAAUAUGUACUAUUAGUGAGAAAGAGAUUUCAAAUGUGUCAAGAAGAUUUACAAAAAUCCAUAAUAAAUGAGAAAAACAAAGAAUCUCCAAAAAAUAAACUUGAGGAAGUUUUUCAAUAUCCCCAGGUUUGUAGACCUACUUGUGUAAAACCAUCAGAUGUCCGAGUUUCCUUGGAAAACUUGCACAGUGUGUGCCAAGCAUCAGUUAAUUUGAUCCGCUGGGAAAAUUCAUUAGAUUUUAUGAGUUACAGAAAGUUAUCUGAUCGGACAUACAAACCUAGGAAGCAUAGACAUUUUAAGUUGGAUGAUAAGUUGAUAAAUGAUAUUUGCUCCUCUUUGGAUGAAAUAAGAGAUGUUGGAUUCUAUAAUAUGAGCAGAGAUAUUGGUACAAACACUGAUGACCCUCUGAAUUCCUGUGAUUGUAAAAAUGAUAAAUAUAUUGAUACGGACGACAUCAGGAAUAUUGUCAAUGUUAGAAAAAAUAUUCUGCCGGCAUAUUUGAAGAGAGCAGACAAUGCAAACAAUACAUUGAACUGGAAAGGAACAAGUGUUGGUGUAAACCAAAAAUAUGAGAAUACAAUUAGAGUUGCUAUGCAAGAUCUUUGUAAUUUUGCACAGCCAAAAGUUAUCCUAGAACCAGCGGAAUGUCUUAUUCGACGGGAAAAUUAUGAAGAAGUUGGUAAAAACUGCUACUAUAUCAAACGUUAUAGAUUGGAAAAUGAAAGUAAUAAUCAUUUUAACACAAACUCAACAAAAAAACGACGACUAUCAAUUAUGGAUCCAACGAAUAAUGUUUUUACUGAAAGGGUUAAUAAGAAAACUGCUUAUGAUAGUGAAAUUGGGAGCGCAUCGCCUCAUGAAAAACGUCAUGGAAGUGCCAGUAUUGGACUAAAUGAAAAUUCUACAAAGAGCACUUCUGCUAAAACAAAGACAUCUACCACUAAGAAUAUACAUGAAAAUGGUAUUGACAGUUCCACUAAGGUUUCGUCUUUGCACUCGACCUACAAAGACCAACAAUCAAAUUCUAAUACUGAGAAAAACAUAGCUGCGACACAUAGAGUGAAACUUCAACGACUAAAAAACAAUAGAGUAACCCCAACAUCUGAAAAUAGCGUUCCGCAACCAACUUUCAUUUGGGAACGGAAUUGCUUGGGAAAAUAUUCAGCUAUUAAUUUUUAUAAACAAUCACCGGCAAAUACAUCAGGUACCUCAGCUUCACAAUCUUCGGAAAAUACAUCAGAUACCUCAGCUUCACAAUCUUCGGAAAAUAUAUCAGAUAACUCAGCUUCACAAUCUCCGGAAAAUACAUCAGAUACCUCAGUUUCACAAUCUAAGAAAGACCUGUGUCUCAGUGAUACUAUUUUAAAGCUGGCUGGUCGUUUGGAACAUCCACUGGAUGACUUGGAUAGAGUACUACCUACCUGAUAAAAAAAAGUGAAAUUUGACAAUAGGAGUUGUGUUACUGAUUAAUUUUUUAGAUACCUAUUUUUAUUUUUUCAUUUUUUUAGAAAUCUCUUUUGUUUUUAAAUGUUUUUACUUAUACAAUUUUUUUCACUGAAAGUUUUUUCCAAAUGGUGUAUCUGUUUUUGUUCUUGGCUUACCUAGAGAAGUUUUUCAGUUGCGCCAAUGACCUAUUACAGAUAAGACUAUGCAGGCGCCUCAAUUGUGUUUUCGCAAGAGGAUUACCCACUUAACUUAUGUUGCUAAAAUAAAAUUGAUAUUUUUCUUCUAAAUGUUAAAUUCAGAUAAUUUCUUCAAGAAUGGAAGAAACUUCCGUUUACACCGUUCACAAUUUAAAAAGAAAUGUUAGAGAAUAAUCUGUACACUGUCCCAAUCACAGCCUAAGUAUUUGGAAUGAGUUCAGGGCAGACGGUUUAAUUAGACGAGAGUGUCGGAUUUUAGUUAUCCUCACUCUGACCUACUCCUACAACCAUUCCUACCCCUUUAGCCAAUGAGUGGGAAUACCCGUUGCACAUAGAGCUACCCAUGAAAGACAAAACUGAGUAGAGACGCCAGUUACAAAUUAGUUGGAUACUCAAUCCUUGUACACAAGGGGACGGGACAAAAAUCAAAAAUAAACACGUUUUUCAGUGUAUGCAAGAUGUCGAGCGAUGAUGAGGAAGCAGUUAUUUGAUAUUAUAAUCGAAGAUACAGGCAGAGUAAUCAGGAGAUUGUGCAUGGGUUCAUCAUAGAAAGAAGCAUGAAUUAUUGUAGAAUGUUUGUAGCAACUAGAGAACUACUGGAAAAUAAUGGAGAAUUUCUCUAUUUCUUUUCUACCUCUUCAACGAGUUUAGAUGUUAUUGAAAGCUUGGACAUUCAUUUCGUAUUUCCUCAUUUCACUACACAUACAGGUUUGGAUAGGAGAUGAGGUUAGAGCAAUGGUUUCCCCGUAUGGUAUUAGGAGAUAAACCAAGGCUCACGUAGGCAUGCGAGCAUCCCUCAAGUGGAUCUUUGUAAUAAUAUGCUAUAAAACCUAUAUAAAAAAAGUUAUAAGAACUUGAGUGAAGUGAGUCCUAUUUCAACUUACUUUUGGCAACCUGUAUUUAUAAAUUGGCCAUCUACCCAACUUAGCACAUAUGCAUGCGUUCAAAGUUCAUAGAAAGACUACUUUGCCUCACACCUU